GCUGGUUCUCCAGCGCUGCUGAGCGUGCAGAGGCCCCGCCCUGCCUCGCACUGCUCCGCCUCCGCUGCCAGAGUCGCUUCCCGCAGGGCGCGGAGGUCCCGGCGGCGGCCCCCCAUGGGGCGCGUGGCGCUGCCCUCCUGGCUGCAGCCCAGGUAUAGGAAGAAUGUCUAUCUUUUCAUCUAUUAUUUAAUCCAGUUCUGUGGCCACUCAUGGAUAUUUACAAACAUGACAGUCAGAUUCUUCUCUUUUGGAAAAGAUUCAAUGAUCGAUACCUUUUAUGCCAUUGGACUUGUCAUGCGACUUUGCCAAUCCAUUUCUGUCUUGGAGCUGCUGCACAUAUAUGUUGGUAUUGAAUCAAACCAUCUUUUCCCAAGGUUUUUGCAGCUCACAGAAAGAAUAAUCAUCCUUUUUGUGGUGAUCACCAGUCAAGAGGAAAUCCAAGAAAAAUAUGUGGUGUGUGUUUUAUUCAUCUUUUGGAAUCUACUGGAUAUGGUUAGGUACACAUACAGCAUGCUGGCAGUCAUAGGAACGUCCUAUGCCAUCUUGACAUGGCUCAGUCAAACACUGUGGAUGCCCAUUUAUCCCCUGUGCGUUCUCGCUGAAGCAUUCACCAUCUACCAAUCGCUGCCUUAUUUUGAAUCAUUUGGCACUUUCUCCACCAAGCUGCCCUUUGAUGUAGCCAUCUACUUUCCAUAUGUGCUGAAGCUGUAUCUCAUGAUGCUCUUUAUAGGUAUGUACUUCACCUACAGUCAUCUUUACUCAGAAAGAAGAGAUGUCCUCAGAGUUUUUUCCAUUAAAAAGAACAUGUGAAGCAUAGCACUGCAAUGUGACAUGAGAAGAGAUGGGAUUCAGGGGCAGCAGACAACACAGGAAGUAUUCCGGUGGAAGAAUACUACUUAAUAAAAAGCGAUGGCAUUAAAUAAUUACCAAAUUCUAAGUGACAACAGGUUUUUUUUCCUCUAAGACAUAAACUCUGUACAUCUUGCUUUCAAAGUUGUGAACUUUAUACAAGUUACAUCUAUACUGAGUGAAGUCUGAUUCUUUUACUGUAAGGUUGAGGAGGAAUAAGUUCAAUAAAAUUGAGAAACCAAACUUUA